AUGCAGCGGAAGGCAGACGGAUACUACAUGGUCCAAGAGGGAGCAGAAAUACGUAGACAUAAGAAGUACCAGUACAUGAGCUCUGUGAAAAAAGUCAAUAGCCCAGUUGACACCUGGUGCAUGGAUAUCAAACCAGUGAUCGCUGAUGCGAUACUAAGAUCAGCCAAUCAGAAUGAGGAUGACUCCGCAAGACGCGUGAUCCCCCCAGUAAACCGGCACGGGCAGGGAAGCACAGCCACUAUGCGUCUUUUGCAGCAAGUAUCGAGCAAGAUCAGGUCGUUGGGAGUUGAAGGUGACGUGAGAGGGGAGCAAAACAAGAGACUUCCUGCCUGA